CGGAUGGGCGUGGUUUUGCUGGGUCUUUCGAUUUGGAUUGGCUUGUGAUGUGGGGGCUCGCGUUCUUGGCGAUUUCGUUUCGUUUCCUCGCGCUGCUCUUGCUUUCCUUGUAUGAAUCGAUGCCCUCGUCGAUUUUGUCUCCUCUCAAGUCGGGCUCUGUUGGGAUUCUUGAUACGGUUAGGAAGAGCGCGGGCGUGUUGUUUGAGCACGUGCGCAGGGUCUUUUCGGUGAUCCGCAUGACGGAAAGCUGUAGCAAUGCGAGUCCGAGCUCUAGCUCGAGUUUGAACAGCAGCUUCCAUGACGAUACGGAGGACGACCAAACCAUCGCGGCCAUCUUGGCGGAAGAGGAGAGCUCUAAGUCAGAUGGAAAGCUUGGGAAGAGACUAUCUCACUUAGAUUCUAUCCCGCACACUCCUCGGGUAAUUGGAGAGAUUCCCGACGUGAACGAAGCAACAUUGGAUCACGAGCGGCUCUCUGAGAGAUUAGUGACUUAUAAUCUAGAAGAAAUGCAAAUUGAAGGUGAUGGGAAUUGCCAGUUCCGCGCAUUAGCUGAUCAAUUGUUUCGCAAUUCAGACCAUCACAAAAUCGUAAGGAAAGAGAUAAUAAAGCAGCUAAAGCACGAGAGGAAAUUGUAUGAGGGUUACGUGCCCAUGAAGUACAAGAGCUAUUUAAAGAAGAUGAAAAGAUCUGGAGAAUGGGGAGACCAUGUCACACUGCAAGCAGCUGCAGAUCGUUUUGCAGCAAAAAUUAAUUUGGUGACCUCCUUCAAGGACACUUCAUACAUUGAGAUCGUUCCAAAUGGGAAGAAUCCUACAAAAGAGUUGUGGCUCAGCUUUUGGAGUGAAGUACACUACAAUUCAUUAUACGAAAGAGGAGAUGUUCCUGCUAGAAAGCCACGAAAAAAGCAUUGGCUUUUCUGAAGAGUCAAUGUUAUCAUGAGGUCAACCUGCAGCAUUGGCAGCUAUUAGUUGAAUGCAUUGUUUGCAAGUGCUGUGCUAUCGGUGUUAUUUCCACUGCCGAGAAAACUUAGUUUGGAGAUAUGUUGCAGAUCAUCAUUUUCUGUACAUAACAGGAGUCCUAGAUCGAAGAAGACAGACACUCAUGUACACAUGACGACCGAGAGUUUGCGGAAAUUACUUUCAUUGUAUACCAUUCUAGUUGUUUUUACAUUCUUUGGACAAAAAAUAUGUUGGAGGAAGAUAGCAAACUAAAGAUGUAAAGUUGUUUGAAGGAAUUGAGAGUUGAAAGGUCGUCCUCUCUAUA